CAGAAAGGUUGCCAUGACAACUACUAAUAACCAUGAUAUGUAGUUUUUAUUGUUGAGUGACAGAGAACUAUUAGAAAAUGCAUGUUACCUUCGUCGGUCAGAAUGGACAGAAUAUUACUAGGCUCAUGUUCAGCGACUGCCAGUGGCACCAGCUUUACGAUCAAGUUACACAGAAACAAGGUGAGAAAGAAGAGAAUGAGAAAAAAAAUUUGGAUUUGUUGAAGAGGAAACAACUAUCGAUGGAUAUGGCAAAAACUUGGGACAACACUUACGUUAACAUAAGAAAAAUACGGUACGAAAAACGUAAGGAAAGGUUGAAAAGAGAGAAAGAAUAUAAAGAUAAAGUAUUUCGGCAACUACAAGAAGAAAAUGAAAUACUCAAAAAUAAGAUUCGGGAUAAAGCCAAAGAUGUAGCAUUCUAUGAUCAAGAUUGCGCAAAAACAUUUCAUUCAGCUUUUAGAGCUUCCGAGGUUCAAGCAGAAAGGCAAGCUCAAUUGGAAUUUAAUGAAAAAAUAAAGAAGAUCGAGAAGGAAAUAGAGACAAAAUAUGCACAGAGUAUCUUAGACGAUGCGAAACGAUAUAAGGAAGAACAAGAUGAGAAGAAAAGGCAGCUAUUAGAAUAUAAAAAGAAAUUGGGGAUUCAAGCAAGGAUAUCGUAUGCAGAAGCUGAAAAAGCAAAAAGGGCAGAAAAAAUCCAAAGGGACAACGAAGACAAAGAAGAUAUGGAAAUCAUGAAGAGACAGCUAGAACAAGUAAUUGAAAAUGAAAAUUUUCAGGUGAUUCAACACAAACUAAUGGUUAGGAUGAGUCUAAUUGAAAAUAGGGAACUUGUAAAAAAGAAUAAACACCUUGCCAAGCUUGAAGAUGAAGAGGAGAGCAAAGCCAUACAAAUAAUAGCAAAUGGAAAAAUGAGGAUAAGUAAAAUAAGAAAAGAAAAAGAAGAGCAGAUGUUGAAAGAAAAAAUAAACAGAUAUAAUGCUUUAUCAAGCAAUAUUGAACAAGAAAAACAAGGAAAAUUAGAAAAAGAAGAACAAUCCUACAAACUUGCAGUUCAAGAACAGGAAAAACGGGAAAAUGAUGCUAUAGAAAAAAAUAAACAAUAUCAGGAAAUGUUGAGAAAUGAAAGAAUAAAAACUCACUUAGAAGAUAUGAAGAAAGAAGAAGAAAGACUAGCAAAAGAGAGGGAACUACUAAAAUGGGAAAUCUUAAGGCGUUUCAAGAGGGAAGAAUUGAAUAAUCAAUUUUCAAAUAAAAUAAAAGAAGGGAAAAGAAAUAAAGCAGCCUACUAUAAACAAAUAUUCAUGGAGCAAAUUGAGAGUGAUAUAGAUAGAAAAGUUAAAGAAAAAGAAAUUGAGCUCGAGGCAGCAAAGAAAGCUCAGCAGAAGUGGGAUAUGAGCGAUAAACAAUUCCUUGAAUAUGCUUACAAAGUAAGAGAAGAAAGCAAAAAUAAAGGAAGGCCAUUAUACCCAUUAGAUGCUGCAAUUUAUGAGUUUAAGAAGAAAAACCGAUUGUUGAAAAAUGUUAGAAACUUUAUAUAUGAUGCUAAAAUCAAUCGACCAGAAGGAAUUAAAGAUUAUAAGUAUGAAGAAAAAAUACCAAUAGAGGAUGCAAGAAAUCAACCAACUGCCAAAUUAGAAAGCAGUCUAAACAAUGUCCUUGAAAGAGAGGGAUGUUGUUGCUCUCAAAAUCGAUUUAAUGUCCUUGAAACAGAAGAAUGCGGUUGCUCUAAAAAGGCAAAUGGAUUGUAGUGAUGAAUAGAACAGCAAAUUAAAAUUAAUGAGAAAAUCAUUUAAUUUAUUGAAAUAUUUAAUAAUAAAAUAUACUUGUAUCAAUAAAUGUCACUAAAUAAAUUG